UGUCUAGAGGGGCGGCACACAGAGAGCGGGCAGGCCUGCGCGGCUUCAAACCACUCACGAAGCUACGAUGAACAUGUUUGAUUGCCUGCAGACUGCUAGCUCUUCGUCAUUCUCUACCCAACACUGACAGGGAAAGCAUCGUGUUGUGCACAUUUUACACAUCGUGUUCUCUACUACUAGGCGUAUUUUACUACAGUCUCCGUUUUAUAUUUGUAACCGUUAGGUUUGGAGACAUUUUCCACCGUCAUCAUGUUGGCUACAAGACCGCUUAUGCAUACGGAAUAUCUACAGCCUUUGGACCCUUUGCCAACAACGUUGGAUGCAAAGAAGAGUCCUUUGGCUUUGUUAGCCCAGACUUGCAGCAGCAUCGGCAAGCCAGACCCACCUCAAAGCAGCAACGACGUCAAGCCAGCACUCGCCCCCAUCGGCCGUCAAUCACCCACCGGGAAACACUCUCCGGAGAAGGCCUCCUCAGUUGCCGGCCUCCCCGAGUCCAGCUUCAAGCCGUACAAACAACCGGACAAGAGAGACGGUGAUGCCCUGGUCAUCAAGAUCGGCUACCAGGGGAAGGAUGGAAAGAGAGAGGUGAAAUCGCCCCUGAUCAACUCGCCCCACUCGCCUCUGCUGAAGGCCAAGUCAGAGCCGACCACAACACCAAGAUCGACCCCGGGUAGCACCGAGAUGGGGCAUUCCUCACUCAGCGAAAGUGGACAUAAAGACACCCUCACGAACUCUAAGCCCACGGCCCCCGUCCAAGCCGCUCAGGUCGCCCCAUCACAUCUACAUCAUUCCAGCUAUCCAGGACAUUACAAGCACGGUCUUCUCCCCGCUUCACACGCCGGUCACUGUGGUUGUCCAUCGCAAGUUGUAGGGCACAUGCCGUACUAUCCCGACCCUGCUGUAGCGGCCCGUGACCCCAUGAGCGUUCACUCUCCCCACAAGCACGAAGUGAACCCCCUUCUGGCAGCCACGGCCUCGCCCUACACCGCUUACGCCAGAGUUAAGACGGCCGAUGGUGGUACCACCCUUAUGCCCAUUUGCCGUGAUCCCUACUGCACGAACUGUCAGAGCGCCCAGCACUACCAGACUGCAUCUCACUCCGGAUGUACACAAUGCAGACAUGACACUUUCGCUCUGAACACACCUUUCCCUAUCGCCCUACCCCUCCCGGGUAGCUUAUCCCCCUACCCCCUGCCGAGCAGUGUUCCCUCCAGCGCACACCCAUCUCAGUACCUGUACCCACACCCAACCACCACCACAUCCCAGGAUCACGGACAUGUAUGUAACUGGGUAUCGGGUGCCACAAGUUGCGGGAAGAGAUUCGCAAGCAGCGAGGAACUUCUCCAACAUUUGCGUACUCACACCAUGACCAACAGUGAGGUCCCAACAUCGGCAGCCCUCAGUGCGACGCUAAGUGCUCAGUUGUCCGCCUACUACAUGCAAUAUCCAACGGCAGCUGCUGCCGCUGCAGCUGCUGCUGCAGGUACAUUCGGACUACCUAAACCAGGCUUCCCAUCCCCCCUCAGCCCAGUCGGUGCGAUCAGGUACCACCCGUACUCCAAGAGUCCAUCACCAAUCGCAGCCCUGCCUGGUCUACCGACCGGUGCUUACUACUCCCCGUACGCUCUUCACGACAUCAAGUCAAGAUUCGCAACUGCCGGACUUCCUCACUAGUGAAAACACCGAGUAAAAACUCUUAAGACAAUAAACCAACUCUAAGAAAAAAAACACUUGUGCUAUUCUGCCUCUGAAGGCAAGUUGCCGUUAAAAACUCAGAAAUUGUAUCUUUAAAAAACGGUUAACAGUACAUUUAGCAUUGUUUAUCGGGUAGUUCAGAGUUACUAUACAAGUUUGUGUAUAUAUUUUUUACCAUAAAAUUAUUGUACAGUGUUUAUUUGUAAUUUUUUUCAGAGAGUAAUAUUUGAAAGGGUGGAUGUGUUUAAGUUUCAAAUCUUGCUAUAAACCGAUGGGCAGCUAUCUUUAAACAACUGUGAAUCACUCUUCUUUACAUUAAUAUUCAGUCCGGAAAUAUGAUUGUUAAAACUUUACGAACUUCCAAAACACUACCUUGCAAAAUAUUUCUCCUUUGAAACAAUUUUGUUUUAAUUUCCUCUGAUUAUUUGAAUAUUCAUUUCUGGUAGUGCAAGUUUGAAGUAUUGCUAAACAUCUGAACCGAACCGAUUUUCUUUCUAUCUGGAGUGGGAGAAGUAAAACAUGUUUCUCUUAUAAAAGAACUCGACAUGAAGUUUAAUCUUUUUAAAUUUUCAUGUGGAACAAAUGCAACCGAUUUCCCGCUCGGGUGUUGAGAUGUUUCUCUCAAAUUAAAGAAAUCAGGUAUAACAAAACCAUGAAUUUCCUUCAAUUUAAGAUUUUUCUUGUACUCGUUCACAUUUCAUUAACGUAUUAUCUUAAACGGUGAUUAGUAAAUUUCCCGUGUACAGUCAGAGAGGGGCCAGGCGGUGCUCUUGAAAAUCGAUGAAUAUUUUGUAAUCAGUACAAACCCAAUGGCAUGGAUAUGUCAACGCUAUUAUUCACUUUGUGUCCCUAUCACUAAUCAUGUUUACUUCAGUGAAUGGGUUUCCCUUUUCCGUCGAUGAGACUUCUAAUUUCCCACAUCUUUUCAACAUGCAAGAUGCUUAGUUCCGUGGGUCUUGAUACCCGUUUUUUUUUUAAAAGACUUGUAGGUUUUAUUUGGAGGGGGCCUUACCGCAAUUCGUCCGUCAACGCUGGGUUGUCGAGUCGGUUACAGAUUGCACGCUGUCUGAUGCAGUGAUAAGGUUCGCUAGUAGCGUCUUGAUGAUUUAUGGCUUCCCCCAACACACACACCGCAGUUACUACUCACCAUUUAUUAAAAAAAUUCAGACCAACAGUAAAUUAUUUAUGAUCCCUUUUUUUAUUAUCAAUUGUUGUUUUUUGUUCAUUCCCGUUCAUUUAUGGUGGCAUUUGCAGGAACUUACUGGUUAAUGUAAUGAUUAAACAGUUCAUUCAUCGUUUACAUAUCAACCAUUUAUGAUAACUACUUGUUUGUAAAACAGAAAUCACUUACGACUUCACAUUUUUAUAAAGUUGGAGUUUUUUCUAAAUGGUGAAUCCCAGUGAAGUUGUACAGCGUUGAGUGUGUACAUGUUGUUUUCCAUUAAAAUACAGAAGUUAAACGAUA